GAAUCUGGUCAGCUGGAUGGUUAGUUUACAGCUAGUUAGCGAACUGUUGGAGCUCUGUCAUCGCAUGGCAGAGCGGGUUUCAUCGGUAUUUUGGUUCACGGACUUGCCUGCUUUUGUUUAUCUGGGACACGGCUCAUGUUAUCCCGGUGGCCACGGUGGUUUACGUUUAUUCAACCCGCUAGCUAGCCCGUUGACAGCCGGAGCGUCCUGCUAGCAUAGCGGCUAAGUGAACUGAAGUAAGGUGAGGACUAGUUACACCAGCCAUGGCAGGUGGAAUUACAGAGACCGGGGAGCCCUACUCCGCUUUUGUGGGGCUGGUGUACAUGUUCAACCUGAUCGUAGGAACAGGAGCUCUGACGAUGCCCAAAGCCUUCGCCAUGGCCGGUUGGGUGGUCAGCAUCACACUCAUCUCCUUUUUAGGAUUUAUGAGCUACAUGACGACCACGUUCGUGAUCGAGGCGAUGGCGGCGGCCAACGCUCAGCUGCGAUGGAAGAGGAGGGAGCAGGAGGAGAUCGAUGACAGCGACUCCACCUCCGAGUACUCCGAUGAUGACGUCAUGGUCCGGGGUCGGUCGGAGCCGGAGACCAAACCCAUCCUGUCUGUCCAGAGAUCAGGAGGUCACGUUGAUCAUUUCGACAUCGUGGAGCGGGUCGAGAUGGGUCAGAUGGCCUCCAUGUUCUUCAACAAAGUGGGUGUGAACAUGUUCUACAUCUGCAUCAUCGUUUAUCUGUAUGGAGACCUGGCCAUCUACGCUGCAGCUGUGCCCAUAUCACUGAUGGAAGUCGCAUGUGGAAACCACUCAUGCAGUGCUGGAGGUGUCAAGUACAACGAUACCGACCCGUGCUGGGGUUCAGUGACAAGGAAAGACGCCUACAGGGUGUUUCUGGGUGUCUUCACUCUUCUGUUGGGACCUUUCACUUUCUUCAAUGCCCAGAAGACCAAAUAUCUUCAGAUUCUCACUUCACUCAUGCGCUGGAUUGCUUUCACCAUGAUGAUCAUCUUGGCUCUGAUCCGCAUCGGUAAAGGCGACAGCGAGGGAAAACCCCCCGCCGCCUCCUUGUCUGGCGUUCCCAACCUGUUCGGGGUCUGCGUCUACUCCUUCAUGUGCCAACACUCGCUGCCGUCUUUGGUGACGCCCAUCUCCAACAAGAAACACGUGGGGAAGCUGGUGUUCGCCGACUACGUCCUCAUCCUGGGCUUCUACGUCCUGCUCUCGUUCACCGCCAUCUUCUGUUUCAACAGCUCGUACCUGUACGACAUGUACACGCUGAACUUCACCGACAACUGCAAGGUGUUGGACAUCCCGGUCCUGCGCUACUUCCUCGGACUCUUCCCCGUUUUCACCAUCAGCACCAACUUCCCCAUCAUCGCCGUCACGCUCCGCAACAACUGGAAGACCCUUUUCCACCGGGACGGAGGCACCUACCCGUGGGUGGUGGACCGCGUCGUGUUCCCCCUCAUCACCCUGGUGCCUCCCAUCGUCGUGGCCUUCUGCACCCACAACCUGGAGUCUCUGGUGGGCAUCACAGGGGCCUACGCCGGCACGGGGAUCCAAUACAUCAUCCCGGCCUUCCUGGUGUACCACGCCAGGCGCCAUCUGGAGCCGGUCAUGGGCAGAGACGCUGUCAACAAGCACCAGUCUCCUUUCCGCCACGCCUUCUGGGUGUGGUUUGUGUUGGCGUGGGCCGGCUCCUGCCUCAUGUUUGUCACAGCCAACAUCAUCCUGACUGAUACCAAGAAAUGACACUCAGACACUCGUAGUAAAUAUACACGAGCCGUUGGACCAGGUUGGUGCCGACUGCAGUCCCACAAACAGCGAACGAAUUUAACAAGCAUUAAAGCGUCCAGAUGUUUAUCACCGGUUGAAACCCAAACUAAUGAGGAAGCACUAAAGCAGGGGUGGUAAACUCAUACAUUCAGCCCAAUAUGGUCCCAAGUGAGUCAGACCAGUAAAAUAGUAACAUAAUAACCUAUGAACAAUGUCAGUUCCAAACUCUUUAUGUUUUAGAGUGAAAAAAAGUAAAAU